CUUUCAAACAUGGAGGAGCGGGAGAGGGGGGCGAGGUCGGCUCGCGCCGGCAGCCCUGCGCGCCCGCCCAGCCCGCGGCUGGAUGUCAGCUCUGACAGCUUCGACCCACUGCUGGCCCUGUACGCGCCUCGCCUGCCUCCCAUCCCCUACCCCAACGCGCCCUGCUUCAACAACCUGGCCGAGUACGAGAGCUUCCUCAGGACCGGGUGCCGGGGCGGCGGGCGCGGACGGGCGCGGGGCGCGGCCGCGGGCUCUGGGGACCCCGCCACCGCCGCCGCCGGGCCCUUGGGCAGGACCCGCCGCCGCCCGGACAUCCCCGCCCCGGACCCCGAGCGCAUCCAGCGCCUCCGCCGCCUCAUGGUGGCCAAGGAGGAAGGGGACGGGGCCGCCGGGGCGCGGCGGCGGGGUCCGGGUCGGAGCAGGAAGGCGCCGCGCAACGUGCUCACGAGAAUGCCCUUGCACGAAGGCAGCCCUCUGGGUGAACUCCAUCGUUGUAUCCGGGAGGGGGUGAAGGUGAAUGUUCACAUCCGCACUUUCAAGGGACUUCGGGGCGUCUGUACGGGCUUCCUUGUUGCAUUUGACAAGUUCUGGAAUAUGGCACUUACUGAUGUGGAUGAGACCUACCGAAAACCUGUUCUAGGCAAAGCAUAUGAACGGGAUUCUUCAUUGACUCUCACUAGGCUCUUUGAUCGACUAAAACUGCAGGAUUCCUCCAAGAAGGAAACAGAUUCCAAGUCUGCAGUUGAAGACUCCACUCUGUCCAGAUACUCCCAGACAUCCACCUGGAAGGUGGCUUCAGUGUGGGGACGAGGAGACACUGACCGGGGUUCACGCAAGCGUUCCCGCUCCGUCCCUUCUUCCCUGCAGGCAUCGGCAAGGGAGGAGUCCAGGUCAGAGCUGUCAGGGAGGACUACACAGACAGAAGGGUCGAGUGCGGGAGGUACCUUUUCCAGGGCCACCACCCUUUCCAGGGGCCAGCCCCGUAAGAAAAAGCGAAAGCCCAAAGUGGAUUACCAGCAGGUAUUCACUCGACACAUAAAUCAGAUUUUCAUUCGAGGCGAGAAUGUCCUGCUGGUUCAUCUUGCACAGUGACCAGCUCGGCCUCACUUGAGCUUUGGUUUUUCGAAAUAAAAUGCAUGAAUCGCUGCUAUGCUAUAUCCUAGUAUCCCAGUGAAGCUAUGAGUUGGAAUGAUUCCCUCUGGUCUGCCAUGUGCAGAGCAUAGAGCCAGGCUCGGGCCUUCUGGGAGAUGAGGUCCCUGAAGGGGAAAUAGGCCUUGAGAGGGUGGGUGGGUGUGUGCAUUAAUAUCAAGGCAAAAGCUGUACAGAGGUACAUGCAUCUUAUUUGGUAUCGUGGUCUACUUCAGACACUCAAACCAAAUACUAGAUUUGAAUUAGGGAGCAUGGUAUGAAUUGAAUUCACUCCACAGACACUAUAGCACGGUGAAGGAAAAAAACACCUCAAAAAGAAUGAUCUCAUUUCUAAAAGCUAGUGCCCUGAGUACUCAUAAAUUUGUUUCUAAGAGUAGCAGUAUAAAUCACCCUGAGCCCUGAACCCACAUCUUGUAACUGACCUUUGAAUUUUGCUCUACAUCAUUCUCUCUUGAUCAAGAAAUGUAAUUUGUUAUCUUUUAAUAUCUAUAAGAUAUAAGAAGCCCACCAAUUUAUGUAAGAGUGAAAUUUGGGUAGGUGGUAUGCUCAAAGCAUCUAGCAAUGAAUGCUGUGUUUUUAUGCCUCUCCACUUUAUGGAAAGAAAUAUGGGACCUCGUUGUUGGUCUUCCUCUUGCCAGAGAUAGCUUCUGCAAAUGGUGUACCAGAUGGGACUAUAAGAUGCUCUUGUCCUUCUCUUUCACUUCUGUGGCAUGGUGCUAGUGCAUGUACCCUGUGUAUUGCCCCUCUGUAUAUAGUGUGACCUGUCCUGUGAGCUUUAUGUCAGGAGACUGUGACCUUCAUGUCUGGCUUCAAAGAGUUCUGCGUGGACUCAAUAAUACACACUCAUUAUGUGGCCGAGAGUACUCUUUCCAGGCAGGGCUGGCCCCUGUCUAGAGUAUCUUGUAGGAUGGUUUCCAUGAAACAGGGGUGGAGUUUUAUUCCCUUGUUUCAGACCAAAGAGGUUCUCACAAAGUACAGCGGUGGUGCCUGUAAGGGACACUUUACUCAGCCUGGCUUGAGUAACAGGAACACUAGACCACCUGCUACUACUUCUACUUGAACCAUAUGCUUUUCCAAUCACCAGUGCAAAAUAGGCUAUAUCUUGACACAGACUGUUAGGCAACGUUGACCUUUUGUUUUGUUAGUUUAUACAUUAUUUGGUUUUAUUUUAGAUAACUUAGGUUCAAAGUGAGAAUGAUAAAUAGCUAACUAGUUAAAACGUUUGAAAAGAAAAACUUCCUCUGCUGUAUUUGUCGUGUUACUUAAAUAAGCCUUCUGAGAAGCUGGUGAAUCAAGUUCAAGGAGCUGGGACUCUGGCUCAUCAUGUAGUGAGAGGAGAGCAGACUAACCCCUCUGUGCCUCAGUUUUUUCCCACCAGACACCUACCUCACAGGGGCACUGAGUAAAAGAAUUUGGGGAAGGCAUUUUAAAGUCUUUUAACACGUGUAAGUGCCAUGAGUGAUUUUUACUCACCCUGUUUCAUAGCCUGGUAAAAGUUCAGUGUUUCAUGAGCAAGGUAGGUGCUAUAUAAUAUCAGAGAGUAAUCUCCAUAGGUGUCACAGUUACGAUCUUGUUAUCAAAAAGCAGUGAUAUCUUCAGGAACUGUUUUCCAUGUUCCGUUCCUUCCUCCUAAGGGACAAUGGAAGUGUUCAGAAGAGUAUCUUCAGUAAAGGAAGAGGGGCGUUUCGUUGCUGCCCCCCCCCCCCGUAUCCCAGCCCCCACCCUCUGCUGGUCAGGAUGAGAGGGAAUUCCACUGCACUUUCUGAGGGGUUUAUAUGACAGCACCGAAGGAAGGAUGCGCACCUAAAAACAACGCAUCCCCAAAGAGGCAUCUGUGGAAGUUGUUUUGUUUUGUUUAUUUGAUUUUGUUUCAAAAUGCAUUUUAAAUAUACUCUUUAGAGCCAGAUUAGGUGCACUAUACAUUUAGAGAAGUUCUAGGUUACAAACGCUCGUGAACAAUUAUCUUUGGAAUCUGCCAGUCUAAAUCUCUUCUAAACAGUAUGGCUAAAAUCUCAGUUCCCCAAUUAGUAGUUGCCUUGUUUAAUCAUCAGGCAUCCCUGCCUCUACCUCUUUACCAGUCCUCCCUGUUUGGCAGUCGCCAUCUGUCUGUCCUCUUGUCCCUCAGCUAGAAGCUGUAAUGGUUACUAGAUUUUCCCAAUAAAGUGGAAAUUUGGAAUCAAAAGGAAUAUAAUCAAUUUCCAUUCAUUGUAGUGCCUGAUUAAAUCUAACCUGAUUUAUUUUAAACACAUGCUCGUUUUCUAGUUUGCAUUUAAUUUUCAUGUAUCCAUAUAAGGAUUGAUUUAUUGCUUUUCUGCCCAAGUUACUAAUUCUGGAUCUGAAAAUUAUUUUAAAACUGUGUGUCGGGCUUCCCUGGUGGCGCAGUGGUUGAGAGUCCGCCUGCCGAUGCGGGACGCGGGUUCGUGCCCCGGUCCGGGAAGAUCCCACAUGCCGUGGAGCCGCUGGGCCCGUGAGCCAUGGCCGCUGAGCCUGCGCGUCCAGAGCCUGUGCUCCGCAACGGGAGUGGCCACAGCAGUGAGAGGCCCGCGUACCGCAAAAAACCAAAAAAAAACAAAACUGUGUGUCAUCUGUCUUAUGUGCCCAUAUACCCCCAUUUAUUUGUUUGGUUUGGACAGUGAUUCUGGAAUGAGUAUUAUCUAGUAAAUGUGCUGUUGUGUACAAAGCAUGAUAACCAUAUUUUUAGAGAAGUAAUUUUUUUAAUUAUUGCUUUUUCUUUAUUAUGGGAGAAAUUGUUCAAAAGGAAUGAAAAAUAUGUCCUAAAAAUGUAUAUGCUGCUCAAAAAUGUGGUCAUCUAGGACAUUUAAAUAAGUUGCUAUGGAAAUAGCUGAAGUCUUCCUCAGAAGGCAAGAAAAGAAAAGGGGAAAGUAAAAGCCAGAAUGGUAGAUUUCUGGAGGGCCCCCAUCAACUCGUCGAGGGUGUCCUAAGCAGCCAAAACACAGCAAAACUGGCUUCUGGUAUUCUCUAGGGAUUUGGGCUUGAGACACUAGUACUUAUUUUUGAACAUUCAACUUUGAUUCUUCAAAGUAAUCUCUAGACAUGGCAGUGUGUUUUCAGGGCAGUUCACAGGGCAGACCUGUACACUUGUUGAGGUCUUCUCAGGAGUAUCCAGCUUUGUUAGGAAGUAACAAGGGAUCGAGAAAUGGAAGGUGUGGCUGCACCCCCAGAACAAUUUCAUGAGCCAUUCUUUGUACACAGAGAUGGUUCUACUGCUUCACCACUAGGAGAGACUGUACUUUAGGUUGUUUGUGCUAGUAUUUGGGAAGUAUUUCUGCUUCCUCUGAGAGACCAUUUACAACAGGUGGGCCGUUUGUGCGAUGGUUAGCUGGAGUUAUCAGUGUCUAAGGCAGGUGGCCUUGGACUGGUUGGUUCCUUGCUCUCCGUGCAUGGCGCAUGUCAAGUCAGAAAGCCUAGAAACCAUUAGCGUUAAAGUCUAGGUGCGUAGAAUCCUUGCUAGAGUCGUUAGCGAAUGAAGAAGGGCUUUACCUAUCCUCAUGGUGAAAUAGUCCAGGAGUACUUUUAGAGAUUGUCAGGCCCUGAGCUAUGAGCUGCCCUUCAUCCUCAGAAGGCUUACAGAAACCUAGGUGUACUGCUUCUAUCCCUUGAGAAAAAAUGGAAACCUAACUUGAUGUAGAGUGGCUAUUUGUAUUUCUGUUUGUACUGUUUCCAUAGCAGCUGGCAUGGGCAAAACCAUGAAAUAGAAUCUGUUCUGUAAAUUACUUCUUUAAGUUUCUCUUAAUUUUGCCUUUAGGAAAAAAUUAAAAUUAUUCAAAGACAGCUAGCUGUCACUGGUGCUGCCCCAAAGCUUUCUAAGCCUUUGUGUAUUUUUUAUGAAAGAAAUGGUUGCUGAGGGAAGGUAAAGAUUCACCUAAGAGUAUCAUGGUAUAAAUGUAAUGGUUUCCAGAUGUUUUAAUUUUCCUUUUCCUGUGCCAGAUAUAGAAUGCAGUCGACCCCUUUUCAGUAGCUUCUGUUCAUCAGCCUGUGUUCUUCUGGGCAAUAACUCCCAGAAGGCUUUUCUUAGUGAUUGUAAAGAAGGAAAAUCCCAUCUAGGCCUGUGUGGCAAUGGUGAGUGGUCUGUCAUGACUUUCUGGCAAAUUGAGUUGAUGGAUUUAAGAUAAGCCUUUGGGGUUCCUGCCACAGUUUUCUGGGCUCUGAGGAAGGGUUGGGCCUCCUUUACUGUCGGUGUUUCGAGUAUUUUUCACAUGUUUGUAAGUUCUCUUGCACUCCUCUAAUAAAAAUGAAAGCUCUCUGUCAAGAAAUGGCUUUGGAUGGUUUGGAGAUCUGGGGGAGGGGGUGUGUGUGGAAGAAGUACACCUGAGACCUUCAGUUGGUCUUAUUUAUUUAGAAUAAAGAGUAGUUUGAUAAGCUACCAGAGUUAGUGCUUCUUUAAAAACAUUCUCUGAAGAGAUAGGAACUGUCCCUCAGGAAAGCCGUAAAAGCUGUUCCGAAUACACUGCAAUUGAUUUUGAUUUUUAGUCCUUCCGAGCAAAUGUCUGAUGUUAUGUUUUUAGAGCUGUCGGUGGGGGGGGGGGGAUGUGUUUUUAAAAAAUUUAGGGGUGAUUGAAACAAUGAUUGUCUGGCUGAAUUAUGUGUGAGCUAAGUUCUAGGGCAGCAGUCCAGUUCUUUUUCUGUUGUCCUGACAGCAAAGCAGAUAGUAAGCAGUGUCUUAAAAAGUGAUUUGCUUAUUUCAUACUGACAUCUAAAGGCAUUAGCCUUCUGUUUGGCAAUCCUGGGGAUACCCCUCUGCACCGUGACUUAUUAAUGUUUUUUAGACAAGGCUAAACCUGGAUGACUCUCUGUAUUUAUAGUUUCACUGUUCAUAUACCAGCUGCUAAAAGAAAAAACAUGACUUUUAUUCUUGUCUUGAAAUUACUCCUCAUUGUUAAAUUCACCUAAACCCUUCCUCCCAGGAAGGGUUUAGGUGGGUUGCUGCUAGUAACGUCAGCUUGCAGUGUUCUUCUGCUUUAGGUAUUUGUCAUAUGGGAGUCUGGAAACUGUAAUAAAUAUGA